GCACAUUUUUAAUGCAACUCGACCAGCUCAUCUCUCCAGUUCAGUCAAAUCCCCACCACCAUGCUUGUUUCAGUAUUUCUGCUGUUGCUCUUUGUUUCCUUCAUGAUCCUCCAGCUCAAGCCUCGGAGGCCCAAGAACUUCCCACCAGGACCGCCUGUCCUGCCAAUACUGGGGAACCUCUUGCACCUGAGCUCAGACAACCCUUUGAAAGACUUUGAAAGGCUGAAAAAAUCUUAUGGAGAUGUGUACAGUUUGUUCAUCGGUAAAAAACCAGCUGUUGUCAUCAAUGGACUGAAGGCCAUGAAGGAAGCAAUUGUGAUCAAAGCUACUGAUUUUGCUGGAAGACCCCAAGAUUUGUACAUUAACCAUGCCAGUGGGAACAAAGGAGUGGUCCUGGCAGAUUACGGCCCAAGAUGGAGAGAACUUCGUCGCUUUGCUCUGAUGACCUUGAGAAACUUUGGUCUGGGGAAAACGUCAAUGGAGGACAGAAUUUACGAAGAGCUUCAACAUACUAUUAAAACACUGGAAAAGAGCAUUGGUAAAACUCUGACUCCUCAGGUUAUGUUUCACAAUGCAGCCUCCAACAUCAUCUGCCAGGUUCUGUUUGAUAGACGAUACGAGUAUGAUGACGAAAUAAUCAAAGUAAUUAUUCAGUGCUUCAAUGAGAAUGCUAAAAUAGUCAACGGACCAUGGGUUAUGAUGUAUGACUCUUUUCCCAUAAUUCGUAACCUGCCACUACCCUUCAGAAAGGGCUUUAAGAACUUUGAGACCUGUCAGAAUAUUAUAACUCAUCUGGUGAACGAGCACACGAAGACCAGAGUACCUGGAGAGCCACGAGACUUCGUGGACUGUUAUAUGGAUGAAAUGGAGAAGAGAGGCGAUGAUGAUUCGUUAUUUUCAGAAGAACAGCUCGCUUUAUACGCUCUAGAUCUUCACUUUGCUGGGACUGACACCACCUCCAACACCCUGCUAACUGGUUUUCUUUACCUGAGUAACUACCCACACAUUCAAGAGCGAUGUCAACAGGAGAUAGACCAGGUGUUGCAGAAGAAGGAUCGGGCCAGUUUUGAGGAUAGACACAAAAUGCCUUACACACAGGCUGUGAUCCAUGAAAUCCAGAGGAUUGCCAGUACUGUUCCUCUGAGUGUCUUCCACGCCACAACUAAAGACACAGAGCUCAUGGGAUAUGGAAUUCCAAGGGGUACAAUCGUCAUCCAGAAUCUGACAUCUGUGCUGAGGGACGAAGGACAGUGGAAAUAUCCUCACGAAUUCAACCCUGAAAACUUCCUUAAUGAUCAGGGAGAGUUUGUCAAACCAGAAGCCUUCAUGCCUUUCUCUGCAGUCUUCUGUGUCUCAGGUCCUCGGAUGUGUCUGGGAGAGAGUCUGGCUCGUAUGGAGCUCUUCCUCGUCAUCGUGACUCUGCUGAAGAAGUUUAAGUUCACUUGGCCCGAGGAUGCAGGAGAACCAGACUUUACUCCAGUGUUUGGAGUCACUCAGUCUCCCAAACCUUAUUACAUGAAGGUCCAACUGAGGUCAAAGUAGCGAGGUGGUGUGGAGACAAUUGGCGUUAAUAGACUGAGAAAACUGGACAAUAAAUCUUGGGAUUAAUUUGUUUGUUUUACGGUUUUGUUCACACAGUUCUAAGCUUUACAUGGAUGCUGUUUUGAAAUAUUUACUGGGACAUUGUAUCUAGUUACAAAAUACUUUUAAAGAUAUUUAAAAGUAUCAUUCUUCUUUAUCUACUACUACUAUUACUACUACUACCACUAUUGCUGCUCCUGCCGCCACCACUACAAUUAAUAAUGAUAAUUAAGAUAAUAAGACUGAUAUAUCUGUUGGGCCACUGCCCAUGUGAUUAUGAAGUCAUAUGUGAUCGAGAAUUCAUGUGUGAUUAGGAACUCAUGGGGUGAUUAUGAACUCAUAUGAAAUGUGUGAUUAUGUGAACAGUCAGGCUUUGACCAGCUCAUGGCCCGGUUUCGGCCUUUGACUGAGACCAGGACUAAAGUUUUACGACCCCGUGGACACACGGCUUGGAACAACGGAAAAACCCCAUUGACACGAAGCUCAGCCAGGAUUUGUAUAUGUGGCCCCUUGGUGAUAAGGGACCACGCUCUGAUUGGACAAGGACCCCAAGCUGCAGGAAGGAGAAUUGACUUUCUGGGCGCAGCUAUAAAAGAGCAAGGCCCCCCUCUCUCUGGCCCCCUCUUGCCUCUCUUCUCUGCUUUUUCCUCUCCCCUACAGGUCUCGGCUGCCUCGGAGCAACCAGCCAAGGACCGACCUUUUCUCCAGGAUUGUGACCGAAGGAGCGUCCGUUUUGCAGCGCUGCACGAGUGACCCAUGAGGUUCCGAGCACAGAAAGCCGAACCAGGGACCCUGCAUUGCCUCGACGUGAACGCCUUUGGACUGACCUGGACCUGAAGGAGGCCAAGCUGCUGUGCCCAGCUGCUAUCCCCUCAUCCAGCUGCUAUCCCCUCAUCCGCAGAACGGAUAACAGGAGGGAGUGAGAGCUGCUUUAUCAGGACCACCUGCCGAGUGUAACCAUCCAGCUGUUCACCAAGGAACGCUGACCGGCCAGACCAAACCACCUUUUUUCUUCAACUACAAAGAUCCACAUAAGAGGCUGUUUUGUGUCUGGUCAGAGAAAACUUAGUAACACACUUUAAAAGUUAGUUUACGUUGUGAGCUGGAUUGCUGAUCCCUUCACAACUGUGUUUAUUAGCUUAAGUGUUUUUGUUUAUCUUCUUGUUUGUCUACUGCUGCAUCCACACCGCUGGAUCGUGAUGACAUGUUCCUCCACAGCAGAAAACAAAGCCCUUCCCCAUUUCCCAGUUGAAUGACCAGAGCACACGUGUGAAGUUUAGUUUCACAGUGGUGCAUUUCUGUGUGGGAAAGAUCAGAAGGUCUUGGGUUUCUGGUAGCGAGGAGUUAUUUAAGUGUGUCUGUUUAUUUUACCAUUCUUCUCUAUUUCUCUUUUCCUCUCGUACUAAUCACCACACACACAGAUACAGACUCUUAUCUCGGUCAUAAAUUCCCGAGCCAUUCUGAGCUACCGACACACACCCACAUACGCACACACGCAUACACCCCCCCCCCCCACACACACACACAAACACACACACACACCCACACACACACACACACAUAUGAUCGGAAGAUAUGCAUUAUAUGAUUUCUUGUCCCUGUUAAUGUAGUGAGCUGUCAGAAUGUAUCCGAAGUGUCGUUUUACCAUCUGCUUGACACUGGUGUAAAUAAAUUCUGAUUGAAAGAAG